AUGUCUAAAGCAGAACUUAGUUUGGAAACCAAAACCAUUACCUUAUUGCCAGGUGAUCAUGUGGGGGAAGAGGUUGUUGCUGAAGCUGUGAAAGUUUUAAAAGCCAUCGAGAGAUCUACCCCUAAAAAUAUUCAGUUUAACUUUGAAAAACAUUUGAUUGGAGGCGCUGCCAUUGAUGCUACUGGAGUUCCAUUACCUGAUGAAUCUUUAGAAGCUUCGAAGAGAUCAGAUGCUGUUUUGUUGGGUGCUGUUGGAGGUCCAAAAUGGGGUACUGGGAAAGUGAGACCAGAACAAGGUCUUUUAGAGAUCAGAAAGGAGUUAAACUUGUAUGCUAACUUAAGACCAUGUAACUUUGUCUCUGAUAAGUUACUCGAGUUGUCACCAUUGAAAGCUGAAGUGGUUAAAGGAACCAACUUUUGCGUGGUGAGAGAAUUGGUGGGUGGUAUUUACUUUGGUGAAAGACAGGAACAAGAAGACUCUGCGGAUGGAACCUCUGCUUGGGACACCGAAAAAUACACCGUUGCUGAAGUUACCAGAAUCACCAGAAUGGCUGCCUUCAUGGCAUUACAACAUAACCCUCCUUUGCCAAUUUGGUCUUUAGAUAAAGCCAAUGUUUUGGCAUCUUCAAGAUUAUGGAGAAAAACUGUUGACGACGUGAUUUCCAAGGAAUUUCCUCAACUUACUCUCCAACAUCAGCUUAUUGACUCUGCUGCUAUGAUUUUAGUACAAAGUCCAAAAAAGCUCAAUGGUAUCAUCAUUACUUCUAAUAUGUUUGGUGAUAUCAUUAGUGAUGAAGCUUCCGUGAUUCCAGGGUCUUUAGGUCUUUUACCUUCUGCAUCUUUGGCUUCUUUACCAGAUACCAACAAGGCUUUCGGAUUAUAUGAACCAUGUCAUGGAUCGGCUCCAGAUUUGCCAGUUAACAAGGUCAAUCCAGUGGCUACCAUCUUGUCUGUUGCUAUGAUGUUGAGAUUGUCUUUAGACUGCUUGGCUGAAGCUGAAGCUUUGGAGACUGCUGUUGGUAACGUAAUCGAUAGAGGUAUUAGAACUGCAGACUUACGUGGACAAAGCACUACUCAGGAAGUUGGUGAUGCCAUUGCUGAAGAAGUCGAGAAAAUCUUAGGCUCUAGUGCCUAA